AUGCCCACUAACGGAACCCAUCAAGCUUUAAAGAUCCAAUUUGGCUUAAUCAAUUGUAGCAAUAAGUACCUAACAGCAGAGGCAUUCGGUUUUAAAGUCAAUGCAUCUGGUGUCAGCCUGAAGAAGAAACAAAUCUGGUUGCUGGAACAAGAUGAAGGCAACAACUCUGUAGUCUUUUUCAAGAGCCACCUUGGGCGCUACCUGUCGGCUAGUAAUGAUGGCAAUGUGUCAUGUGAGGCAGAGAAACCUGACGUUGACUGCAGGUUCAUGGUCAUUGCACAUGCCGAUGGCAGAUGGACUUUACAGUCGGAACCCCACAAGCGGUACUUUGGCGGAUCUGAAGAUCGUCUCUCAUGUUUUGCACAGACCAUUACCGAGUCAGAACUUUGGUCCAUCCACCUGGCCAGCCACCCUCAAGCCAAUCUUCUAAGCGUCAGUCGAAAAAGAUACGCCCAUCUCUCAGUCCAAGAAGGUGAGCUGUCGGCUGACAGCAACAUUCCCUGGGGCGUGGAUGCCCUCAUCACCUUGAUUUAUCAAGAUAAGAAGUACAGCAUCCAGACCUGUGACAACAGGUUUCUCAGAAAUGAUGGGAAACUGACUCAGAAGCGUGAUCAGGGCACUGGCUACACUUUGGAAUUUAAAGCUGGGAAGAUCGCUUUCAAAGAUCAUGAGGGAAAAUACCUGAGUGCGAUGGGCCCAACUGGUACUCUAAGAUCUGGACGAAACUCCAAGCCUGGCAAAGAUGACCUCUUUGAUUUGGAGCAGAGUCAUCCUCAAGUGGUUUUACGGGCUUCUAAUGGCCGCCUGGUGUCCAUCAGACAAGGUAUGAAUAUCUCAGCCAAUCAGGAUGAAGAAACAGAUCAGGAAACAUUUCAAAUGGAAAUUGACAAAGAAACUAAGAAAUGCAUCUUACGGACGCACACAGGGAACUUCUGGACAUUGGUGACUCAUGGGGGGAUCCAAUCUACUGCUUCUGAAAUAGAUGCUAACUGUAUGUUUGAAAUUGAAUGGCGUGAACAAAGAAUAGCAAUCAAGGCUAACAAUGGCAAAUACAUUUGUACAAAGAAAAAUGGGCAGCUUGCAUCCGUGAGUGAUUCAGCAGGUGAGUUAACCCAGAGAGAAAGAAGCUUUAAAAAGAUGGGUGAAGAUGAAGAGUUUACAUUGAGGCUCAUUAAUAGGCCUAUCCUGGUACUACGAGGAGACCAUGGAUUCGUCAGUUACCACAAAAGCUCAAGCACUCUCGAUGCCAAUCGGUCAGUUUAUGAUGUCUUUCAACUCAUUUUUGAAAAUGGAGCCUAUCAUAUUAAAGGCUCUGAUGGAAAGUUCUGGUAUAUAUCCAGCACCGGGACAAUCUGUACUGACAGUGUCAUCCCUGAAGAUUUUUACCUAGAAUUCCGAGAUCAUGGUCGACUGGCUAUCAAAGGGAAGAACAAAAAGUAUUUACGAGGAAACCAAGCAGGCACACUUAGGGCAGAUGCAGAUGAAGUGGACAGUUCAACACUAUGGGAAUAUUAA